ACGGGUCUUGGUAAAUCAACGCUCAUGGACUCUUUAUUUAACACCAGUUUUGAAUCAACUCCAAGUCCACAUAAUUUACCCGCUGUAAAAUUAAAAGCUCAUACGUAUGAAUUACAAGAAAGUAAUGUCAGACUAAAAUUGACAAUUGUUGAUACUGUUGGUUAUGGAGAUCAAGUUAAUAAGGAAGACAGUUUUAAAGCCGUUGUAGAUUAUAUUGAUGCUCAGUUUGAAGCCCAUUUACAAGAGGAAUUGAAAAUAAAACGAUCAUUAUCUACUUACCAUGACAGUCGCACUCAUGUGUGCCUUUAUUUCAUCUGUCCAACAGGACAUGGAUUAAAAUCGAUUGAUUUAGUUUGUAUGAAUAAAUUAGAUACAAAAGUAAAUAUAAUCCCCAUUAUCGCCAAGGCCGAUACUAUUUCAAAAACUGAAUUACAAAAGUUUAAGAAUAAAAUCAUAAAUGAACUUCAGAGUAAUGGAGUAAAUAUAUAUCAAUUUCCAACUGAUGACGAAAGUGUUGCUGAUAUUAAUACUCAAAUGAAUGCUCAUGUACCAUUUGCAGUAGUUGGCAGCACAGACUUUGUACGUGUAGGAAAUAAGAUGCUGAGAUCUCGACAGUAUCCAUGGGGAACAGUACAAGUUGAAAAUGAAUUACAUUGUGAUUUCGUAAAACUGCGAGAAAUGUUAAUUCGAACAAAUAUGGAAGAUAUGCGAGAAAAGACUCAUAAUCGCCAUUAUGAAUUAUAUCGAAAGAAGAGACUCGAACAAAUGGGAUUUAGUGACGUUGAUAGUGAAAACAAACCUGUUAGCUUUCAACAAACAUGUGAAGCAAAAAGAUCUACUCAUUUACAAGAACUUCAACAAAAAGAAGAUGAAAUGAGACAGAUGUUUGUUGUUCGAGUUAAAGAUGCUGAAGCUGAAUUAAAAGAAUCUGAAAAAGAGCUUCAUAAUAAAUUUGAUAAAUUAAAAAGAGAUCAUUCAGACGAAAAAAAGAAACUGGAAGAGAGUCGAAAAAAGUUGGAAGAUGAUAUUCAAGAAUUUAAUAGGCGAAAAACUCAAGUAACUAAAGAGUAA